AUGGGUGUGGAACAGGAAGCCACGUGCGCCAUGUGCCUGGAGUGUCUGACAGCCCCUGUGACUCUGGACUGCGGCCACAACUACUGUCUGGGCUGCAUCACAAAGCACUGUGAGACAAGGGAAGAACUUGAAGAGGGCUUGGAGUGUCCUGUCUGCAGAGCCCAAAUCCAGAAAGGGGACUUCCGGCCCAACUGGCAGCUGGCAAAUAUAGUAGAACAAAUUAAACUCCUUGAAAAAGAGAGCCUGUGUGAGAAACACAAGGAAAAACUCCGUCUGUUCUGCAAAGAAGAUGAAGAACUGGUGUGCUGGAAGUGUAAGGGCUCCCAAGAUCAUAAAUCACACACUGUUCUUCCCAAGGAAGAGGCUGCUGAGGAAUACAAGAAGCAAACACAAGCAGAGUGGGUAAAGACAGUGGACAAAUUCAGACGACUACGCCAAUUUCUAGAAAACCAAGAGAAUCGUCUGUUGGACCACAUGGAAGAGGUGAAGAAGGAAAGCAAUGAGCACCUGUCCAGACUCUCCAAAGAACUCUCCUCUCUCGAUAGUCUCAUCCGGGAGAUGGAGGAGAAGUGUCAGCAGCCAGCGAGUGAAUUCUUGCAGGAUGUGGCAAGCACUUUGGAGAGGUGUGAGCAGAUCAGAAUGCUUGGGAAUCCGGUGGGUUUUCUUCCUGCGCUGAAGUUGAAGAUCUGGGAAUUCUGCGAUAUAACUUAUUUUCUAGAGGGUGUCAUGAAGCAAUUCAGAGAUGCUAUGUUAUCUAGAUAUCAGCUGCGGAAAGCAAAUUUAACUCUGGAUCCAGACACAGCUCAUCCGUGGCUCAUUCUGUCUGAGGAUCGUAAAAGUGUGAGAUGGGGAGACAAACAGCAAGAUCUUCCUGACAACUUGGAGAGAUUCAACUGUCACCCUUUCGUGCUGGGACGUGAGGGAUUCAUAGCCGGGAGACAUUUCUGGGAAGUCAAUGUGGGAAGUGAGGAGGCCUGGGCUGUGGGGGUUGCCAGAAAGUCCGUGAAGAGAAAGAACAAGUUUUUUUUAAGCCCGAAGGAAGGGGUCUCGGCUGUAGGGAAGUGGGGAGGUCAGUACAAGGCUUUUAACACCCCUUAUUAUUCUCAGAUGCCCCUGAGCGGGGAGCUCAAGAGGAUGCGAGUGACUUUGAACUGUCAGGGCGGGCGGGUGGCCUUUUAUGAUGCUGAAACAGCAGCACUGCUCCACACGUUCUCAGCCGCCUCCUUCUCUGGAGAGACCCUUCUCCCCUUCUUUUAUGUGAACCACAAAGCACCACUCAGCAUCCACGUUUAAGGCAGCCGGGCCUACCUCACAGGCCCUCCUGUCCAGACC